GUCACGCAGCCGUGGCAGAGACUCUACUGAAUCAUGGGGCAUAUGUGGAUCUGGCGAACUGGUUUGGGCAGACACACUUUGUUUGGGCAACGAGGAAACUUCACACAGCCGUGGUGGGGAUUCUACUGAAUCAAGGGGCAUAUAUGGAUCUGGCGAACUGGGAAGGGUGGACACCCCUUGUUUGGGCAGCCAGGAAAGGUCACCCA